CAGGAAUUGGAGGUAAGAUAGACAGAUAGGAGGGCCCUUCCUGAGUUGAGCUUGCUUUGCUGUGUGGGGCUGUUCUCUCCUUCCUCCACUCCCAAAACUAUGGACUAGACCUACACAGAAAAAGUCUCUUUAGAAGCAUUUAAGCUACAUUGACGAUGAGUGACCAGGACAGCAGCGCCUCGGCGUCUCAAACAGAGGAGGAGUUUGAGGGAGAGAUGGAUGAAGAGAUGGAUGAAGAGAUGGAUGAAGAGGCAGAGGGCGAAGGAGAAAAAGAUGACAAACACAGGGCCAGUCCGGUCCCCAGUCUGUCCAGCUUCUCCUCGUCUCUGCGCGCCGUCAUACGCAUCAAGCAGAAGUACCAGGCCAUAAAGAAGCGGCGCCAGGAGCUGGCCCUGGGCCUGGCGGGAGUCGGGACCCUCACAGGGGCCCCGGCUCGAACCAGCCCCAAAAUCUUCACCUUCGAUGGAGUCACCCCCUCCGCCUUCUCCUCCCUGUCGUCCUCCGUCCCUCAGAGGAAGAAGAGGAGGAGGAGGAAACGGGUGCUGUAUCCCAACGGAGGAGGCUGCAGGGCCCCGCCGAAGCAGGAGCGCAGCCGAGCCAAGUACUGCCUCUACCUGCUCUUCGCCAUCGUCUUCAUCCAGGUGUACAACGCCAUCGAGAACCUGGACGACCACGUUCUCAGGUACGACCUGGAGGGGCUGGAGAAGACGCUGAGGAGAGAGGUGUUCGGGCAGCAGGGAGCUGUGGAGGGUCUGCUGUCCCACCUGAAGGACUACCUGUCCACCUACGUCCACAACAAGCCCCUGGUGGUGUCCCUGCACGGCCCCAGCGGCGUGGGAAAGAGCCACCUGGGGCGCCUCCUGGCCGGACACUUCCGCUCCGUGGUGGGGGAGACGCUGGUGCUGCAGUACUACGUCCUCCACCACUGUCCCCAGGAGGCCGACGCCCUGCAGUGCGCCCGCAACCUCUCCGCUCUCAUCUCGGAGAUGGUGGAACGCGCCGAGGAGGAGGAGAAGAUCCCGCUCUUCAUCUUCGACGAGGCCGAGCACAUGCACGACGAGAUCCUGGACGCGCUGAAGCAACUCGUGGCGUCCAAACAGUCCAACGAGUACCUGAACGCCAUCUACCUGUUCCUGAGCAACCUGGGUCACGCGCACAUCACCAAACACAUGCUGCACAACUCCUCAAGUAUUUCAGCAUCCGGUCGCCAUAGUAACCUGGUGAAAGAGCUGACUCCCAUAUUACGCAACACUCUGGAGAAGCUUCACCUCCUGUGGACAGAGGCGGACAUCUUACCUCUGAGCCUUUUGGAGAAAGGUCACGUGAUGGAGUGCUUCCUGGACGAAAUGACUCGAGAGGGGUUCUACCCGGAUCAUACCAACAUAGAGCGCCUCGCGGGGGAGAUUGAGUAUUACCCCGCGGUGGGGGGGCAUGAAUAUUCCCAGACUGGCUGCAAGCAAGUGGUGGCCAAAGUCAAUCUGCUGUGAAAUCCUCUGCAGGAAAUGUUUGGAUGUUUCACAUUCUUUCAAAAAAACAAAAAGAAAACCCCGUGAAGAAAGAGUGCGUGAGGAGCGAGGGAGGGGUUAAAGGUUAUGAAACUUGAAUGACACAACUCAGAGUCAGACCACACUUUCAAGAGCAGUUCUGAAAGAGUGAAAUAAGACAGAAGGAACGCUGAAGACAUUCGGCUCUGUCGUGGGAACUGGCGUGAAUCCUGUGAAGAGCCCCCCCCCCCAUCCCGGGUCCACAAACAGUCCUUAAAGGGUCAGUUCACCGAAGUUAUGACACAAACAUGCAGAUAGUUUAGAUUUUGAGGUAUCGGCCUGCAUGCAAACACAACGGAGGUGCCAGUGAGUUAGUUUAUUACACCUCCAGAGGACCAUGUGCAAGAGGUUAUCUCCGUUAGCCGUGCAGCGAGUUGGGGACAAUAUCGAUGUGGGGACUGGAUUUGAGACCAGAAUUAGUUUGGAUUUAGGUGAAACUGGAUCAUAUUUAAUGUAGAAAAUAUGUGCUGGUUUUCCCCCUGAUGUCGUCCUCCGACUCUGCCUCAACUCCCAGUAAAUGUCUGAAGUUCCUGAUGGGAAUAUAUAGCUUUACUUUUACUUGCUAAAGUAACCGAUAACAGCCAAGUGUUAGCUAAGUUAGCUCUGCUGCUAGCGGUCCUGUUAACUGAGCCCAGUUCUGAUGUCUGCUCGCCACCAGCAUCCGGUGCUCGCUGCAUUAACAAACACAUAUUCAUGGUCCUUUGUGGAUGAAUUUCCAUGACUUCAUUGGUCCUCUGACCUUUUCCUGGAGCCCUGCAAGCAAGUUUACAUGUUUGGUUUUAAGUGAAUAAUCUCCACCCGUCAGGAUGAAGUGUAAUAACUUUGGCGAAUGCUUAACGGUGGAGACAUCCAACACCCCUGACGGAUACCGUGCAACAACGACACAGCACGUAAUGCAACAUCAGCUGUUGUGGGUUUGCAAAGUGUUGCUGCUGCACAGUUAAUGUGCAGAGAGGACGGGACGAGGCUCACCGCUCUCCUGCUGCUGAAACUAACAUCAGCAACAACAACAACAACAACAACAACAACAGCAUAUAUCUUGGCAAACUGUCCGUGUCCAAGUAAUUAAAUGUUACCUGAGACACUCAAACCCUGGCUGGAAGUAUUGUGUGGCAGGCAAAGCACAGAAGAAGGUUUUAAAAUCUAAAGGUUGGGUUUAUUUUCCCACAAACGAUUCAACAAGAGGUCAACAAACCAGAAUUCUACUGAAACAUAAGGCUAAAAUUAAAAGUAGACUAACAGAACGAGCUGUCGGAUCAAACCAAUAAAUACACACAGGGGAGGACGGCACACACAGUAACUAAGGUUCCCUCCCCCGUGCUGUCAGCCUCUUGGUUUGGUCCUCUGUUUAAAACCAGGCUCCGCCCUCCGCCUCAUCUUUUACUCAAAACCAGGAAGAAGAACUGAGCAGCCAGGUAACUCCAAGCAGAGAGAAAUGAAUGAAUAACUUCAUUAAACCAACUAGUAAAAUGACAAAACAGUAGAAACUAACACACAGAAUUUAUUAGAAACGCUUAACCCACCUUUAACUUUUCAUCUAGCGCCACCAUCAGGUCAUCAGGUCAUCAGGUCCCAUCAGAUGUACUUUGUUUAGUGCUAUCGUUCGCUCAGAUGGUCACAGUGGGCGUGUUCAUGAUCUGGGUGAGCUGACCCUUUAACCUCUCUCAGACAGAACUACUUUAUCAGGCAGCUGAAGCAGACACAGGAGUGAGACCGAUAUCGGUUGAUCAAUAAGUGGAAGUUUCGAUUUUUAGAAUUCAUCAGAUACUAACACAUUUUAGAAAUGUCUUUUAUUAAUGCUAGUGCAAGUCAGCAGAUUGUGACGAUGUUUCUGCAGACACCGAGCUGCCGCCUCGUUCAGCUACAGGAUGAAGCUCGCCUGCGUACGUUUCUUCUUUUCAUUGAAGAAUAUUUGGUCCCUGCCAAGUUUAUUUAUUAGGGGAAAGAUAUUUUUUGCAUGGAUGUACUUUAUGUUCAAAGAGAGCAACUUUAAGUAGACACAGACUCGCACUAGCAUUAAGAUUUCAUUUUUGUUACUGACCUGAUGAGACUUAAUCCGUCUUGUAUGUUAAAUGUUAAAUGUUCUGUAUUCAGUUUAUAUUUCUAAUUUAAACUUCAAUGUGUAAUGAGUGCCUUGGAAUUAAAGACACCAUUUAAACAUGA